UUUCCGUGCGAGGGCGUGAGUGAAGCGAAUUUAAAGACAUCUUAUUGUAGAAAUGUGUCGAAAAUGAAGAAUCCAGUUAUGCCAAAGUUCAUAACUGUAGAUAUAUCUAAGAUAGAUUCUUAAAAAUGGCAUAAAAAUCAAUUUAUUUCAUAUAUUUACACCGGUAGAAAGUAAUUGUAGUGUUUAAAAGUCAUAAGACUUGUGUCAUCUGUCUGCUCUUCCUCCAAGAUGGCUCCUCCACCGGAGUAUGAUAAGGAACCGAAAGCCCCGGAUAAAAGUGUCACAACUUUGUCGACUGACGAUUCGAAAAUUCUUUACAAUCACCUGAAAGAUCAGCCUGCGAAUACAGACUCUAAAACCUCGACAACCACUGGGGGAGCCAUCACCGAAGUUGAGAACAAUAAACACGUUGAGACUUUGGACGACGGGCAGCUUAGGGCCUUGCUAGAUGAGGCCAUCACAUACAAGUGUCCCAAAGACAGAGAAGGAAAGAGCAAUCUGUUUAAGGAGUUGUUGGAGGAGGUCGAGCAGGACGAGCAGGCGUGCGAGGCGGCCGCUAGGAGCGCUGGAGGUGGUCGCGCUGGGAGAAGAGACAGGCGCAGGGAACAUCACUCCAGUCUGCAGGACCUGGUGGCAGCGAUGGCGUGUGAGCCGGCCCCGCGGCGGGGUCGAGCGCCCGCUGCAUCCCACGCCCCGCCCUCAGCAAGUGUAUCAACACGGACACAUCACGGUGGAAGUCUGCCGUCGGGAGUCGACACAUCUUUCCUAUUAAGUGAGGAGGGCUGCGGUCGCGGCUCGUAUCUGGCCACCGUGCACGUGGUGAACCCCCCGCCACUAGGAGAACGUCGUGUAUCUGCUAGCGACGCUCAUCCUCCGAUCACAGACAACGAACAAGUCUCCAGGAGGAGCAAGCCAAUGUUCCCGAUGACGUACACCGCGCGCGCUACCCUCGAGAUCGGCAGCGGCAGCGUGGGCUCGGGCCGUGCGGUCACCACCACCACCGCCUCCAAUCAGGUGCGUACAGAACGAUCCGCGCCUAGACACCGGCCGCCUGAACCGCACACUCCCACCAACCCGCAAAUAUCAACCAAUAGCAUGCGAGCUGACGGCUCAUCACCUCAGACGGCAGAUGUGGUAGCCAAUCAGAGCAGGCCGUUGGAUGAUAUCGGUAUCAAAGGCGGUGGUGAUGUAAGUGUACCGUGCGGCCCUAAGUUUAGUGGUGCUUACACUAAAAAUAUAAAAAGCUGUGAACUAGCCGGCGAUGGAUGCCACAGAAAUGAUGUCGAUCAAGGAUACGUUGUCAAAGAUUUAGGUAAUGCGAUUAGUUUAGAUAGAGAUAUAGUCGAGAAAGUUUUUGAUAAUAUAGACGCAUUAUCUAAAGCGAAUGUGUCUAAUGUUAACAAAUGCGAGAAUAUAACGAUAAGAAAUCAAACUUUCAAUAAAGUUGAAAUCGAAAUGAUAAGAGAGUAUAGACGGAGGAUCGGCGACAAUUUGGUCGCGCCCAAUCUGACGUCACUGAAUCCUAAAAACUUUAGAUCUUGCGGUUACAACAGUCAUGAUAGAGAAGCCUACAGGAAAAUCAGAAAAGAAAGCGGUGACUGUAACAAUAAGGACAAAUAUAAAAAACAAAAUGAUACAGACAAAACAGACUUGGACAAAAAGAUGGACAAGUCUGGCGUUGCGGAACUCAAUCAAUGUAACGUUAAGAGCAAGAAGAGCGAGAAGUACAUAUUCAACAACUUUAAAUAUGACGUCAGCGACAAAAAGAGGGAGAGGGAGAUACCCAUGCCGAAUAUGAAUGUGAAGAAAUUCAAAAACAUGUACAAGAAAACCGAUAAUAUAGAAAUAUCGGAAGAACUCAAAAUGGUGACGGAGAUGGUGAAGCAACAGAAUCAUACUAGUGCACACAGUAACGAAGAACGUCCGGGCGACAUUAUCAACACGGACGGACCGGUGUCGCAGACAGCUGAUGAGAAUGUCGAUGUCGUCAAGGAUGACUCGGACACGGAGCUCAUAGAAGUGUCCUCAGCUGACAGAGAGAGCCCAAUAACCUUCUCGGAUUUUGUCCUUAGCCAACAAAAUCUGCUGAAGCGAAUAGGAGGCUUCACCGACAAAGAAAACUAUAACUUCCCAGUGGCAAGCACAUCUGGAGCUCUCGAAUUGGACUGCGUGUCGCGUGAAUUGAACGAGAUGACCAGUGUAUCGAAGCUCAGCGAGAAUCCCUUACUAACAAAAAUCCCAAAUAACGCUUUCGUGUUCCUCACGCUACCAAAGAACUUUAACAAUACACGAACUAACCAACAGGAGAUAGAUUACAAAGGGAAAAAUAAAAAGAAAAGCAAAGUAAAAAUACCAAAAACAGAAAGCUUGCACAAAAGAGCCGUCAAGUUGCUACUAUAUAGCGACGCGGAUAGUACGAAUAAGGUGGAUUCGGCGAUACCGUUCGGUUGCAUCACGAGCCCGGAGGUGGUCGGCUGUAGUACUGUCGCCACCAGCUCACAACCAGCGACCGUUGACCCCAAGCCACGUAGCAUCCUAUCGAGCAGCUUCAACGGUCUACCGCUGACACGUCCCGUUGACGAUUAUAAGAAAUCACUCGAUGAAAACGGCAACGCGGUCCAAGGAUUAAACUCACCCGUCUCGGGACCGAGUCAGCCGAAGAAGACGAGGAGGAAGAAGGUGUUGAAGAACGAGACGGUGAUCACGUCGCACCAGAUAGACGGAUACCAGGGGAACAAGGAUCUCAAGGAACUGCUGCGCUUCAUAGAGUCCAACGACGACGGCGGACGAGCCAAGUUGAGGGCCAAGCAUAAGGACGACUGUGACGACAAGGCAGCCAAGAAGAGAUCCAGCGAGCGACGCAAAGACAAAGACGCCAAGCCCAAGAGGGCCUCGUCCUUAGAGGAGCUCAGCAGGACAACGCUCGAGGAUCUCACGGACAAGCCCGCCAACAGGGACGGGCGGCGAGCGGCACACGCACCCUCCAAGCCGGAGAGACGCUCCUGGGGAGACGACGCUCGGGCGCUACUGUACAGAGCUCCGGCACACGUGUUGCCGCCCGCUGACGGAGAGACGCCCCUCGAGCUCACAGAGUUCCAGACCGUCACCAAGAAGAAGAAGCCGCGCAAGAAAACCGACGACGGAGAGCGUGACUCGGAGCACGCGCCGCGUCGAGCACGAGCCGUGACGCCGGAGGGACGGCAGCGGCAAGCCCCGCCCUCCGCCCCGCCCUCGGACCGCAGCAACGACUCCAACGACGACAUGGACUCUGUACACUCACUGCCGGCAGCGGCACCACCACCGCCACCACCGCCGCCGCCGCCACCGCCCCCGCCUCUGCCGCCACCGCCGCAUGCCUCGUACGCGGAUAUCGCUCGCACCAGACACAACAUCCCGGACCUCAUCGAAUCGUGCAACUUCUACUCGGAGGGAGAGUCCGAGUCGAGCGGCGCGAUCGGUGGCACGGCGGCCGGGGACACGGACCAGUACCCGGCACUGGAACCGCGGCGGACUCGCGACAAGAGAGUCGCGCCGCCACAGACUAGAGACAAACGGAAGGAGCCGGACGUGGUAGCGGACCGCAGGCCACCGGUCGUGCUGCUCGACACUGAGGCGCGGCCGCGGGACAUGGACGGGGUAACCUUCGGGUUCGACAUCAACGAGCAGCUGCUGGGCGGCACGCGGCGAGUCCGCUGCGACCUGCUCAGGGACGCCCCGGAACACACCCGGCCUGCUACAGCACACACGCCGUGUUCACUGCGGUACGUGGAGCCCGAGCAGCCCCACGACACGACAAACCUGCACCGGAUCAUAGACUAUGUCAGCAACGCCUGGGACGACGUGAUGCGGUGCGGAGCUGGCAAUGUGCUUUAUUACAGCGAGUGAAUUUAAACGGUCAUUAAAAAAAUUAAAAUAAAAUGAAUAGUUGUUAAACAAAAAAAUUAUAUAUAUAUUUAAAAAAAAAACGAACUCGUGCCGUGUAUACAUGAUUGUAAUGAGAAUAUAACGACUGCGUGGUGACCGCGAUCUGAAGUGUGGAGUGAAGUUUAGGGAUGUUGAAGUGAAGCGAAGUGGGAGCUGGUGUUGAAAUUGUAUGGGACAAACUUGGUAGCGGUUCACCUCAUGAGGUCGUACGGAUCGCUUCAGUUUAAUCGAUGUUAUAAAUGAUUACGUAGGUAAUAUAAUCGAUUCACCAUCUGUAUUUGAUAAUUUAGGUCUCCAGUAGGUUUAUUAUUAAUCAUGUAGUAUUAAAGGGGGAUGUGUAUGUUGGCGCAAUACAGAGCUUCCGCCCUCGAUGUUAAGAACGCUUCACACUGGCCCCGCGCGCCAGUUGUUACUAAUUUUUUGUCCUCAUCGCAUUACACAAGCUACACGAUGGAGCAUUUAAUUAAUUUAAUAAAAUCUUCAAUCUGAAAGAUGUUUUAUAUUGAUUGAGUUAUGUCCUCUUUGUAUAAUUAUAUAAGCAUGGCAUGGUAUGAAGUUUGAGUUUUGCAGGUGCUAACAAAUUAUAGAAUUAAAUAUUUAUUUAAAAAAAAAAAAUAAUAAAAAUAAAUUAAAACGUAGGUCUGAUCUUAGUGAGGGGUGCGAGAUAUUAAUGUGACAGCCUUGCCGGGUGUGAAAUUUAUCACCACGCAUUAGUUUCACUUUGAUGUUGGAAGUGUUUCAGUUUUGUUACAUUAAAACUUAUUAUAUUAUUAUUAUUAUUUUUUAAUUCUCUCUAACUAUUUUAGGUAAUUGUUAUGUAUUUUUUAAGUUUUACUAUUUGUAAAUAAUUAUAAAUGUAGUAAGCUGUAACUGGCCAUGAGUGAAAAAUGGGUCUAUAAUAUUUUUUGUUUAUAACAAAAUAUCAUUUAUGUUCCGGCUGAGCCUCCCAAUGACCAGUUCGUUACAUACCCAUAUAUUAUAUAACUGUUCGCAUACCUGUGCGUAUAUACAUGUAUAUUGUCCAUAAGCCGAAGCCUAGUACUAUUGAAAUGGUUAAAAUUGUUAACUCUACACAGGAAUUGACCGUAUGAGGCAUAAUAAACUUUUAUUUUUUCUGUAAUGAAAAAAGUCUUACUAUGUGUAAAUGAUGUAUACUUUUGUUUUGUAAUAAACGAUGAUUUGUUAUAUGUAAUAUUAUUGUAUGUGUUGGAGGUUGGAUGAGAUUAUGACACAUUGAUUCCGACCGUAUUCAUGUUACAGACAGAUGUCACCGUACUAUUUGAGAACAAGUUGAACACCAUGUAUACAAUGUUUUUAGUUUCGUUUACAUGUAAUCUGCUAUGAAUCAUGUUUGCCUUAACUCUCAUCUCAUCUUUAUAUUAUUGAUGCGGCAUAUGAUUGUUUAAAUAUAUAUCGGGCUCAAAUCGUGGUGUAUCCGCAUUGAUUGUGUGUACCUUUCUUAUGUGUAGCCUCUUUGAUUAUAACUUUUUGUUUGUUUUUUUUCUUUUUCAUUAUAAUAUAUCUAAAACCUUAAAUGACUGAAUUUAUACGACCCAAAACUAGUCCAGAUAUAAAACAAUAUUUUUUUUUUUGUGAGUGUAGGGUUUGAUUAUUAGUGAAAUGUUUAGUAUAUAAGAAUUGUAUGAUUAGUAUAAUAAAAUUGUCUAUAUGUCAUAUAAAUUCUAAUACAUUAGUACAUAUGCGGCGUUUAACAUGCGAUAGUUUUGAAUGUAAUUGUGUUACAAAUGUUUUUAUUAUCCGGCUCAGUCACCUGUGGAGGGAGGCACUGUACGGACUGCUUCCACAUGUUUUGUAUAAACGAUCAUGUAUUUGUAAGGAACAGAACAUGCAUACUUUCUUUUUUGUCACUCUGUCCGUACUCAUGAUACAAUUCUACGUAUUUAAUUGGAAUUCAAAAGUCAUUCAUUGUACUUUAAAAUCAUUAGUCGUUUUUAUUUAAUAUAAAAUAAAGAACUUCAUAUUCUUACCUGUCUUGGAUGAUCAUAUCUAUUGAAGGAGUUUAAGUAUUAAUAUGUAAAUUUGACUCGCGUGUUACCAGAGUGGGGGCCAAUAGGCUGUUUUGUACUGGCUAGGGAACGUCAAUGUCACGCCGCUAGUGGGCCGUCAUUAGAUGCGAUGUUUACAAAUAACAGUGUCAUCUGUAAUGUUAAAAAAUACGUAGACACUUACAUAAAUGUUAAGAAAUUAAAAUGUAUAAAUACAAAAAAAAGUGUAUGUAGUCUAUGGAUGUGGUUUUUUUUUUUCGUUUCUGGUGAUAUAUAUAGUAUAUAUCUAUGAUAACGAACGCUAUACUCUGUUGUCGUCUGUAUUGUAAAAACGCUCAUAUCAAAGGUAUAGAAAUAUUAUUUAUUAUUUCUUUCCCUUGUAAAAUAUGUAAAUAAGAAUGUCGAAGAAUUGGUUUAUGGUCGGUUAAGUGUGUUCCAGGUGUCGCAUUCGGCUUGAUUCAAAUAUCUUAAACUGUUUAUAAUCAUAGCUUGUGGUAAAUUGAAAGACGUCUUUAAAUAUAUUUUCUUUGUUAUUUUAUAGCUGGGAGUCGCUAAUUCGUUGAAUGUCUUUGAACUUGUGUUCUAAAUGAGAAUCUAAAUUUACUAUAUUAUUAUUAUUACUAUUAUUAUAUUAUUUUUUUUAUUUCGUGAGCCUGUCUCUUUCUUGGACUUUGAAUGGUAGAGUAUUCCUUAAUACGCUAGUGCAGAUAAUAAAAUCUUAGAUAUGUAAAAUUUGUAAUUUAUUAGGAAAUCACAAAGAAUUCUAUAUUUUUAAGCAGAGAGAAGCAAUUUGUUAAUUGUAGUUACUGUGGAAUGUGAAUUUGCGGAUGCCGUCUAAUCUCAAGGCUACCGUGUUCGGUUCGUCUCUGCUCCGGUGAUGAUGAAAGUGAAUGAUUUUAAUUUAUAUGUUACUUACUCCAUGUCAGAGUAUCGCGAGUCGCACGUCGGGAGGGAUUUAAUACUAGCUUUGCCCUUCGGGCUCUCUUUUCCUCUUUGACUUCCCCAGAGGAGCGAUAUAUAGGCAUCGACUUGCACGAGUACUGUUUCAUCUGCGAUCGCUAUCGUUUCGUUUCGUAAGUGAUGACGAUUUUACUUAUUGCUUUGAUGAAAUCGGUAAAGUGUAAUUAUAUGUAAUAAACCAGGAUUUGGGUAUAAUUGUCUCUUUUUCUGUAUUUAAUCCCAGGAAAGAAAUUAAAUAAGAUCUUAUUGAUUUAUUAUUAUACUUCAGUUUUUAUAUUGAUUGAAUGGGUCUCGUAUUUAUUUCAGGCAGAAAUGGAGACAAUUGUCAUCUAUAAUUAUUAUAAUAAUUGUCAAUAUUAAAUAUAUUUAUCUGCUUAAAAUCUAACUUCGCUAAACUAUAUUUUUACUCUGUUAUUUCUUGUUUGUACGUGAAUGUUUGUAUAAACAUUCUCCAAAAGAGCUCCAGUGUUUUUUUUUUAAAUACAAUGCGAGUUUUUAUUGCUUUGUGCAGCGAUUUUUAAUUGUGAAAGGAACAGAGUAAAAAUGUAGCCAAAGCUUUACUGUAAAUGUCUAUGUAAAAACAAAAUGUAACCAACUGCAAUUUACAGUUAUGUACUUUUUCACUGUUUCCGUUUUCUUAAUAAAAAUAUUGAAACAAA